CUAUAAUAUCCAGGUGUAUACGUCAAACAGGCGCAGAGCUUGGAGAAGAGAAGAGAAAGCAGACAGGUGCCAGAGGAACAGAUAUUUAGGACAUAAUGACAUCAUCCAAUCCAACAACCAACCUCGGAAUGUACGAGACCACACUCAAUCCUUUCCCACAAAGCAACUCCAUGGCUCCUGGGCCUCAACAACUUCCCGGUUUCAUAAACCUAGGAAACCAGGUUCAUCGUGGUACACCUCCAUUCAUUCCUUCUCUUGGAGCCUUUACUACCUACCAGCAGGGUCAAGGAAAUAUACAAAUGGCAAAUCCAGCCACAGGAAUACCAAUCACCAAGCUUAAAGAAGAAGCAAAGAUACUAGGGGCAAUACAGAUUGUGAUUGGAGUGAUGCACAUUGGCUUUGGGAUUAUUUUGGGUUUGAUGAACAUCGUGUACAGAGGAGUUUUGGGUUUUGGCUCCUUGACUUUUAUUAGCGGAUAUCCAUUCUGGGGUGGUGUCUCUUUCAUUAUUGCUGGUGCUCUCUCCAUAUCUGCAGCCAAGCAGAGCAUCUCUUCCCUGAUUAAGAGCAGUUUAGGACUGAAUAUUGUUGGUGCAAUCUUUGCCUUCAUUGGUGUGAUUCUGUUGCUGGUGGAUGUGAGCAUAAAUGGGACACCUAGCCAAGACUACUGGGCAGUGCUUUCUGGGAAAGGAAUUUCAGGCAUUCUCAUUAUCUUCUCUAUCUUGGAGUUCUGCAUAAAUUGUACCACAGUCCAUUUUGCCAGCCAAGCAACUACCAACACCAACCAGCAGCCUGUCCUGGUUAUUCCAAAUGUGUAUGCAACCAGUCCCUAGACCCCAGGGUCUUCCUCAGUUCCUCCCAGAAAUGAUGGCCCCAUGGCUUAUACCACUAGAUAUUUUUUUUUAAAAAAAAAAAGGAGCAUCGUGUAAUGUCAUGGGGUUAAACUACUCUACAGAAACUUCCUGCGAAUCUGGCCUCUACUGUCUACAAUAAUUGCUAAUCUUUAAAGAAUGUGCUUCAGAUUUGUCUUUAGUUUGUUAAUGAUAACUGUAUGUAUCAUUGGCAAAGGUGAAGGAUUAGAAGACAGAAAGUAACUCUGCAAUUCUCUUAAAGAAAACUUCCUGUUAAUGUUACCCUUUCCUCAAUAAAAUGUUACCAGGAACAUAAA